AUGUCACGAAGAUCACGAGAUUCUGAUGAAAUAGAUGUGAUUUCGAGUAGCGAGGAUGGGGAGAACAGGCCGACGAUAGCUAGGGAACCGAUAACUAUUAGGGGUGUAGGACAUAUUACAAUGUUUGGAUUGAAUUCAAGAUUCGAUACAGAGUUCCCCAGCGAAUUGAUCGGUAGAGUUGCUCCAGAAGAACUAUCCGCUACUCUUUCUCGUGUAAAUAGUGUGCUCAAACGGCAUGUUCAAGUUUCAAGCAAAUGGUUCCUUUGCGGUUUACUAUUUUGCUGCUGUUCCUUCGGCUGUUCUCUUUGGCCGGUGGUCUGUCUUAAUCGAAGGACUGUGAAUGCUGUUGAGAAAUGCUUGGAUCAUGAGAAUGUCACUCUUUAUCACAAAUUAGGAUUGCAUUGGCGAUUAGCUAGGCGUCCUGUUGGUUCUAAUCAACGUUUAACGGAGUAUGUGUUAGAGUUAGAAAUAUUGCCAAAGGCAGCUUUAUUUUCCCCAGAUUAA